GUCUCGCCGAGUAGCCGUCUUGCCAGCGCCAUACCGCCAUCCCCCUCCAAGGCGCCAAACCCGGCGCGCCGAGCCAUGGCGCCGCACGAGGUCGCCGCAGCCGCGCGCGACUUCUCGGCCAUGGCGCGAAUCGUCGGUCCGGAUCCCAAGUCAGUCAAGAUGCGGCGGCACGCCUUCCACCUCCACCAGUCGGGGUCCACCACGCUCUCCGCCUCGGCGCUCCUCCUGCCGCCGGGCUCCCUGGCGGAGCCGCCGCCGCCGCUUCUCGAUCGCAUCUGCUCGGCUCACGGCCACGCCGGGGGCGUCGCGCUGACCUCCGCGUCGCUCGUCGAGCCGUUCUUGGUCGCGGAGCAGCGGAAUAGCACCAGCCAGGAAUUUCAACCAAGGUUAGUACCAGAGGCUCAUAUUGAUGUACUCGUUGAGCAUGAGGAGGAAGCAAGGAGCAUCGGAGACAGGAAAUCUGGAGCUCCAAGGUGGCUUUCAGCUCGAUUACUUGCCAUAGUUGAUGUCUCAGCAUCUGCUGAUUCUGUUAUAUCCUUACUGCAACACGAAGGUUCAUUGACUCGAAGUUCAUCAUGGGAUGUUUGCUGGUCAUUGGCUGAUGUUAACCGGAAGCAGGUUGACAAUGAUGCCAGAUAUUCCCUUGAGUCUAACAGGAACCGUGCAUAUACUGAGUCAACAGAGCCACCAAUGUUGGCUAGGGCUGCCACAAGAAUUGCUGUACUAGGAGUUUCAAACUUAAAAUCAAAUAAUACAAGAUGUGUCAAUGUUUCACCAAUGCAACGUCGAGGAGACUCUUUGCUGAUAAUGGGAUCUCCAUUUGGCAUAUUAUCGCCUGUCCAUUUCUUCAAUAGUAUAUCAGUUGGUGUUGUUGCAAAUUGCCUCCCUCCAGGAGCUUCCAGGUGCUCAUUGCUGAUGGCUGAUGUCCACUGUCUUCCUGGUAUGGAAGGUGCUCCGGUGUUUGACAAAAACUCUUGCCUUGUGGGGAUGCUGAUGAAACCAUUAAGACAGAAAGGCAGCAUCGUAGAAGUUCAGCUUGUAAUUACUUGGGAUGCAAUAUGCAAUGCAUGGAGCAGCAACAAAUUGGAAAAAAUUGGUCGAUCCCCAAGUGAAUCAGUCGAUGACAGAAGUUCAGAUUGUAAAUAUAAGGACUCAUGUAGUGCGGAUCUAUACAAGAGGUUUGUCUCUAAUUCAGCAAGCAGUCUAAAUCAGUAUGACAUCUCACCUUCACUCCCAGAAGCUAUAUCCUCAGUUGUUCUUGUCACUGUUGGUGAGACAUCUUGGGCUUCAGGGAUUAUCCUCAAUAAAAAUGGCUUAAUAUUGACAAAUGCACAUCUUUUGGAACCUUGGAGAUUUGGAAGAACCUCGUCGUUAGGCUUACAAAACAAAAUCACCUCCUUUAGUGAAGAACACACUUGUGAAGGAGAAAACAACCUGUUGCAGCCACGGCAUUGCAAAGUUUCGAAUGGAGAUGCUGUAAAACACGAUGUUUCAUUGUUUAAUUUAGGAUUCAAAAGAGACAGGGCAAUAUCGAUUCGUUUGGAUCAUGGAGAGAGACAAACAUGGUGCAAUGCUAGAGUAGUGUUUAUCUCCAAAGGGCCACUUGAUGUUGCCUUGCUUCAAAUGGAAAAAAUUCCAAUUGAAUUAUGUGCAAUUAGACCAGAAUUUAUUUGUCCAACAGCAGGCUCAUCUGUAUAUGUAGUUGGGCAUGGCCUUCUUGGACCUCAAUCAGGACUAUGCUCCUCCCUAACCUCUGGAGUAGUAUCAAAGAUUGUCAAAAUCCCAUCAACUCAAUAUUCUCAACUGCCUAGCGCUGUGGACAUCAACAGUAUGGACAUACCGGUAAUGCUGCAGACAACAGCAGCAGUUCACCCAGGGGCAAGUGGCGGUGUUCUUCUUAAUUCACUUGGUCGAAUGGUUGGGCUAAUAACAAGCAAUGCCAAGCAUGGUGGUGGGAGCACAAUACCUAAUCUGAAUUUCAGCAUCCCCUGCAAAUCUUUGGAAAUGGUCUUCAAGUACUCAGCAAAUGGAUAUUUUAAAAUUUUGGAGCAGUUGGACAAACCCAAUGAAGUGCUCUCAUCCAUAUGGGCACUGGCACCAACAUCAUCCCCCUUUUUCAGUACCUCCCCAGAAAAUGGCAGAGCGGGAAAAGUUUUGGAGUUCUCAAAGUUUCUUGCUGAUAAACAAGAAGGUUUGAAAUCUAGAAAAGAUAUAGAGGCAUUCAUUAGAGACAAGAUUCCCAGCAAAAUUUAGAUGGGAAUGUUUCUGCAAAGCACAUGUAGAUAUAGAGUUCCAGUGGUAACUGCAUUGAGUAAAUGCUGAAAACCAAGUGAUUCAUAUUACCCAAGCAUUGGAUGAUUGUCAAACUGUUGGCUGGAACUAUGCAAUUUGUUGUUCUUACAUGUAAAUUGUAUUCCCCCAUAUAAGGGUGUUGACUGAGUUUUUUAUUUUAUUUUUUGA